AUGGUGGGGCCAUUAAGACCGCAGUUUGUGCUGUUUGGUUCGUCCAUCGUCCAGUUCAGUUGCAGCAAUGGAGGCUGGGGUGCCAUUCUUGCUGACUUGUAUUCUCGUAAGGCGGACGUAGUGCUGCGAGGAUAUGCCGGCUGGAACUCGAGGCGUGCUCUUCAGGUUCUAGAGCAAGUUUUUCCCAAGGAUGCAGCAAUUCAGCCAUCUCUGGUAAUAGUUUAUUUUGGUGGCAAUGAUUCAAUGCUGCCUCAUUCAUCAGGCUUAGGCCCUCAUGUACCGCUUCCUGAAUAUGUAGAAAACAUGAGGAAGAUUGGUAAAUAUCUAAAGAGCCUUUCAGAAAAAAUUCGCAUUAUCUUUCUCACUGCUCCUCCUGUCAAUGAGGAACAAAUUCUUGAAAAUUUAAGAGACAUAAUUCCCGAGCGGAAUCGAACAAAUGAGUCCUGCAAAAUCUACUCAGAUGCUUGUUUAGAGGUCUGCCGAGAGUUAGAUGUCAAGGCUGUUGAUCUGUGGACUUCAAUUCAGAGGAGAAAAGACUGGUCAACUGCUUGCUUUACGGAUGGAAUCCAUUUUUCAGCUGCGGGGAGCAAGAUUGUGGUGGAGGAGAUACUGAAGGUCCUUAGAGAAGCAGACUGGGAACCCAGCCUUCACUGGAAGUCAUUGCCAACAGAAUUUGCAGAGAGUUCGCCUUAUGACCCUCCCUGUGGUGAUGGAACAACUUUGAACAUUGCUGAUCACAGCGUUGCUCAAGCACUAAUCCAUUGGGGACUUAGCGACAAUUAA